CCUUUCACUUACAGAUUAAGCAUUCUCCAACACCGUUUCUCUUAUAAAUAUUAUUAUUCUUCAUCAUAUCUUCUUCAUCAUUAUUAUUAUUUAAUUUUAUUAAUAUUAUUAUAUUAUAUAAACUCCUUCUUAAACCCAAAUCUUGUGACAUCAUUUGAAACCGAACCCACUUUACCAAUUGUUGUUGUUUGUAGUUUGUACCACCGAUUUGUACGAUUUCUGAGAGAAACCAAACCCAGAUGGAUUUUGUGUCAAAUCCAUGUCCUUUGCGUUCAUCUUUGUUCGGUUCUUUAGGGAAUUUUAUUGACAAGGUUAAACAAUUUGGCACCCUCGCUGUUUCUGCUGUCAUUGGGAACAUUUUUUCUGCGAUCUUGACUUUUUGCUUUGCAUUAGUGGGGACUUUGUUGGGAGCUAUGACAGGAGCUUUGAUAGGCCAAGAGACUGAAAGUGGUUUCAUUCGAGGUGCUGCUGUUGGUGCUAUUUCAGGAGCUGUUUUUUCCAUUGAAGUGUUUGAAUCCUCUCUUGUUCUUUGGCAUUCUGAUGAAUCUGGGAUUGGUUGUCUUUUAUACUUGAUUGAUGUUAUUGCUAGCUUGUUGAGUGGUAGACUUGUGCGUGAGAGAAUAGGUCCAGCCAUGUUGAGUGCUGUUCAAAGUCAGAUGGGUGCUGUUGAAACAAGCUUUGAUGAAGUUCAAAACAUCUUUGACAUUGGUGGUUCAAAAGGGUUAUCCGGAGAUUCGGUUGCGAAAAUCCCAAAAAUCAAAAUCACCUCCGACAACGUCGAUGCAUCAGGAGAUAAAGUUUCUUGUUCAGUUUGCCUCCAGGACUUUCAGCUUGGAGAAACAGUUAGAAGUUUACCUCAUUGUCAUCACAUGUUUCACCUACCUUGCAUAGAUAUGUGGCUCUUGAGGCAUGGUUCUUGCCCAUUAUGCAGAAGGGAUCUGUAAUUUUGUAUAUGCAUAACACAAACCAUAAAAGAGGUUUUUUAUUUAUUUUUUUGGUUUUGUUCAUAAGCUUAUUUAAUUCUAGGUCUUACACUUGAUUACAUCUACUAAGAGCUAAUGCAGUUAUGUGAUAUCAUUGUACUAAAUUAGUGUAAAGAAAAUUUUGAGAUAAACCAUUUUCCUCUUUCUUGUAUAUGGACAUAUGAUGAGUAGAUGACCCUUUUUUUUUCUUCUA